GUGAAGAGGAGGAGUAUACUUUUAGGAUUUCAAAUUUUCAAUUUGAGUUAGGGGGGUUAAAUUAUCUUACCGCCGAUGCAAACAAACCCCAAAAUUAGAAGAAUAUUCUUAUACCACUAACACGAUUUAUUCGAUGCCCCAUAAAUAACAUUCUUAAUUUGAAUAACCGACUGAGCCACGUGGCCGAAAUCCAUAUUGAAAACUCCAGCUAUCCCACGGUCCAAAUUCAACGUGCCCUCUUCAUCACCCAAUCCCUUUUCUACAAAGAAAACAAACCCCCUCCUCGAAAACAACAAUCUCAGAUUGGAACACACACAACACGCACUAAAAGAUAAAAAAAAAUCAGAAUCAAAUCGGAGAUGGGCGUGGUGAUAAUCGACGGCACGACGGUGAAGUCGUUCGUGAACGACGAGGCUCAUUUCCAGAAGAGCGUGGACGAGGCGUUCGCGUCGCUGGACCUGAACCACGACGGCGUGCUCUCGCGGUCGGAGCUCCGGCGCGCCUUCGAGUCGAUGCGGCUGAUCGAGACCGACUUCGGCGUGGACGUGGAGACGCCGCCGGAGGAGCUGACGAAGCUGUACGACUCGAUCUUCGCGAGGUUCGACUGCGACAACAGCGGCACCGUGGACGAGAAGGAGUUCAGGGACGAGCUCAGGAACAUCCUGCUCGCCAUCGCCGACGGCCUCGGCUCCAACCCCAUCCAGAUGGCGCUCGAGGACGGCGACAAGAAUCUCCUCAAGCAGGCCGCCGAUCUCGAGGCAUCCAAGAUUGCUAACCCUAAUUGAUCCAUGUUUCGGAUUUCACUUGUCAAUAAGUUGGUUGGGACUAUAACCAAUCCUUUUUUUUUUUUUUGCUUUCUGGCAAAGUGUGUUUGUAUGGUUGGUGUUGAGGCUUCCUUGUAACAUAAUGGAAUUUUACAUUUUUAUUUUA